GUUCUUAUUCACCUGGAAACUACUGGAGCGCAAAAUUCGAAAGCGAUGAGCUCCAUCUCGUUCUUGAUGCAACAGUUUGCGCGGGCCGCGCCACCGCAGCAUGUGUCUGGUCGUGCCGCUCGUGGUCUCUUUGCCGGCCGCGACAAGCGAUUCGGUAACAAUGUGUCGUUUUCACAGCGUAAGACGCGUCGCGCUUGGAAGGUCAAUGCCCAACACAAGGCGCUGUACAGCGAAGCGUUGGACGAAAAGAUCCCGUUGCACGUGACUGCGCACACCCUGCGAUGCGUAGAUAAGGCCGGUGGCUUGGACAACUACCUCAUGAGCAUUACGUCGAUGGCCGAGCUUGGAACGAAGGGGUCCUUGGCGCGAUACCGUAUCUCUGAAGCUCUGCGAAGCGCUCGAUUGAACCCAGCAGGUGAAGUCGUUGAAACCGCGACGAACUAAAGGCCUGCCGGGGAAUUGAAAUAGUUUGUACCAUGUAAACGCGAUAGAUAUACACGUUUGGCAUUGGUGCGCCUGCAUUGAACGUAGCCUUGUCGAGCUCAUCCUGUACGCAACACCGAC